AUGCACAACCUUCUUUUACUUUUUCCAAGAACACAACGGAACACAUAUGAAGAAUGGGGAUACCCACAAUUUACAGUAGAUGAAUAUCUGCAAAGAGAAGUGGUAUUGAAAGAUCUAGAUUAUACACGUGAAAAUUUUCAAAUAUGGGUAUUAGUUCCAGCAAAUGAUACCAAAACAUUGCAAGUAAUCGCAUCAUUAAUAUAUUAUGGUAUAGCAACAGUAUUUACACCAAAAAAAUAUCGUAAAAAUGGUUACGCGAGCAAAUUGUUGUGUUUAUUGCAGGAAAAACUCCAAGAUAAAUCCAACAACAACAACAAUGCACACUUCUCAGUUUUGUAUAGCGAGGUUGGACCAAAAUUUUAUUCUAAACUAGGAUGGAAGCUUUAUCCACAUUCUGAUUUACAUUCUGAUUUAAAAUUACGAGAUCAAUUACCGUCAAAAAUUCCUUCUCAAGUGAAAUUGUUGGAAGACGUGGAUUCACUAAAAUCCAUAAUAGAGUAUGAUUGUGAUUUAGCCUUGAAAGAAUUUAAACAAUUAAGGACAAGUUCGGUUUUAAUCUUACCAAGUUAUCCAUGUUAUGAAUGGUUGUUGAGGAGAAAUGAAUAUCGUACAAAAAUAGAUGGUAAGAAACAAGCAAACAUUAGAGGUGCUGUUGUAGUAAAGAAUAAUAAAGAAGGAAUUGAGGGAGAAGACAUUUUGGGAUUUAUUAUUUGGUGUCAUGAUUUCGGAGAUAAGGAAUUGUUAGCGUUGAGAUUUCGUAGUGAUGGACCAGCAACAACACGUAUAUUGAUGAAUCAAGCUAAAUUGGAGGCAAAGAAAUUUGAUUUUAAUAGUGUCAUAGUAUGGAAUUUAGAUCCUAAAUUGUUCAAAAGAGAUGAAGGAAAGAUAGUUGAACGAGCGAGUUCACUUCCGCAAUUAGCGUGGCACAAUGCAGACAAUAAAAAUGAAAACUUAAUUUGGUUUUUGAAUGAAAAAUACAAAGACAUUUUGGGAUUUAUUAUUUGGUGUCAUGAUUUCGGAGAUAAGGAAUUGUUAGCGUUGAGAUUUCGUAGUGAUGGACCAGCAACAACACGUAUAUUGAUGAAUCAAGCUAAAUUGGAGGCAAAGAAAUUUGAUUUUAAUAGUGUCAUAGUAUGGAAUUUAGAUCCUAAAUUGUUCAAAAGAGAUGAAGGAAAGAUAGUUGAACGAGCGAGUUCACUUCCGCAAUUAGCGUGGCACAAUGCAGACAAUAAAAAUGAAAACUUAAUUUGGUUUUUGAAUGAAAAAUACAGUUGGUGUUGA